AUGGCAGACACCUUUCAGAUAUCGCCGCCCUUGAGCCAAGGAGUCGGCUAUGGCAUCAUCGUCGGCGUGGGAGCUGCCUUUGCUCUGGGCAUGUCCUACGUCUCGUGGUAUCUGGCAAAAUAUAUGAAUGAGAAGCAGGACACGGAGAUGUUCAUGACGGCGAAGCACUCGGUCAAGUUUGGAUUGACGGCUUCUGCUGUGGUUUCGUCUUGGACGAUCGUGGCGACUCUGUUAACUUCGACAAGCUAUGGAUAUAGUUAUGGUGUUUCUGGACCAUUCUGGUACGCAGCUGGUGCAUCGGUACAGAUUCUGCUCUUCUCGGUGGCAGCCAUCGAACUCAAGCGCAAGGCACCAUAUGCUCAGACCUAUCUCCAAGUGGUGAAAGUCCGCUAUGGCGCAACCGCUCAUAUCAUCUUCUCGAUGUACUCGCUCGUGUACCAAAUCAUCACUACCGUCAAUCUUCUGGUCGGAGGGUCGGCAUUGUUCUCGAGCAUGACUGGCAUCAACAGAGACGGCUCUUGUUUCUUGCUGCCGAUUGGUGUGGUCAUAUAUACUCUGGCGGGUGGCAUCAAGGCUACUUUCAUUACCGAUUGGGUGCACACGGUAAUUAUCUACAUCAUCAUGCUCAUGUCGAUAUUCGUGGUCUACACAACCUCAAGUGUGAUCGGCUCUCCAGACCGCAUGUGGUCACUAUUAAGAGAAGCUUCCAUUCUACACCCAGUCGCCGGCAACGCCCAAGGCUCAUACUUGACCAUGAACAGUGUCGAGGGCGGCUACGUCGGCCUGGUUUUCGUCGGCGCUGGCUUCGCUGCUGCCGUGGAUUCCCAACUCUUCCAGAAAGCCAUCGCUGCCGAUCCUCGCAGCACAGCGAAGGGCUACCUGCUUGGUGGCCUUGCCUGGUUUACGAUUCCAUUCGUACUUGCGAGUACGUAUGGCUUGGCGGCAGCAGCCACUGAGCAUCUGCCUGUCUUUCCAACUUAUCCGAAUCGAAUGACUGCGUACGAAGUAUCGUCUGGCAUGGCGAUGCCCUAUGCGGCUUUAGCUAUCAUGGGUAAUGGGGGUGCGAUCGCUGUGCUGCUCAUGGUGUUCAUGGCCAUUACAUCCGCAAUGUCAUCAGAGACAGUGGCCACAACAGCUCUCCUCGGAUACAACGUCUACCGAUCGUACAUCAACCCAGCAGCAACGCCGAAGCAACUCAAGCGCUUCUCCGAGUACUCUGCUGUCGGUUUCGCCGUCGUUGCAGCAUCUAUCGCAUGCGGUUUCAACCAUGCCGGCUUCUCCGUUGGCUUCCUCAUUACCGCCAUUGGCAUCUUCGUCGACUCUGCGAUCGUUCCCUCGGCCUGCACUAUCAUGUGGAAGAAGCAGUCAAAAGCCGCCGUGAUCAUCUCCCCGGUCCUGAGCUCCUGCGCCGCAAUGAUCGCCUGGUUCCUCAAAGCCCACCAGGAAUACGGCGAGAUCACAGUCGCUUCACUAUCUGGAAAUCUCCCACUUGUGGCCGGCAACAUGAUGUCCCUGUGCGGUCCUCUGCUAUUGACACCUCUGAUCACAUUCAUCAAGCCCGACAACUACGACUGGAACCUACUCCACGAUGCCAUUCGACCAGAUGACGAAUCAGAACCAAACGUACAUCAAUCUGAAAGCGAUACUUCUCCUGCGCCCAAGAACGAGACUCCAGCAGUCGUAUCGACAAUCGAACCGCCCGCGCAAGACCCCCAUGAGUCCCUGCUCCUCCGCUCCCGAAACCGAGCCAUCAUCGCAAGCGUUACACUCACGCUCUGCUUCCUAAUUCUCUGGCCGAUACCAAUGUACGCAACCCACUAUGUCUUCUCGAAGGGAUUCUUCGUUGGAUGGAUUGUGGUGGUCUUCCUGUGGGCAUUCUUUGCUUCCUCGACGAUCACCUUGAUUCCGAUUUGGGAGGGGAGGGAGUCUAUUGUGGGUGUGACGCCGGCGGGGAGUGAGAAGGAGAGGGAAGCUGUUCAGGGUAAGAUGUGA